AUGAUUAUCAUCACACAUUUCUUUCCUUUGCCCAGCUCUUUUAGACCUAGACCUCCCUCAGUGCUAAAGCCAAACUCCACUGCUGUGACUGAGUUCCUUUUUGAAGGUUUCCCCAGCUUUGGGUGGUAGCACAGGCUUGGUUUCUUUGUUGUCUUUCUAACUUUGUACCUGCUGACUCUCUUUGGCAAUGUCAUUAUUGUGAUUGUUAUUCACCUGGACCAUCACCUCUAUACUCCCAUGUACUUUUUCCUGAGCAUGCUGUCCAUCUCUGAGACCUGCUACACUGUGGCCAUCAUUCCCUGUAUGCUUUCUAGCCUCCUGAGUCCUCAUCUAUAGUCCAUUUCUAUCCAAGGCUGUGCCACUCAGCUCUUCUUCUGUCUCACCUUUAGUAUCAAUAACUGCUUCCUGCUCACAGCCAGGGGGUAUGAUUGCUAUGUGGCCAUCUGCAACCCACUACAGUAUUCAGUCAUCAUGGGUAAAGAGUCCUGUAUCCAGUUGGCAUCUGGGUCCCUGGGAAUUGGCCUGGGUAUGGCCAUUGUACAGGUAACAUCUGUUUUUGGCCUGCCCUUCUGUGAUGCCUUUGUCAUCUCUCACUUCUUCUGUGACAUGAGACCCCUGCUGAAGCUGGCCUGCACAGACACCACUGUCAAUGAGAUCAUCAACUUCGUUGUCAGUGUUUUUGUCCUUGUUCUACCCAUGGGCCUGGUCUUCAUCUCCUAUGUCCUCAUCAUCUCCACCAUCCUCAAGACUGCUUCAGCUGAGGGUCAGAAGAAGGCCUUUGACACCUGUGCCUCCCACCUCACAGUGGUCAUCAUCUACUAUGGCUGUGCCUCCAUCAUUUACCUGAAGCCUAAGUCCCAGAGUUUCCUGGGGCAGGACAGACUCAUCUCAGUGACCUAUACUGUCGUCACUCCUCUGCUGAACCCCAUCGUGUACAGCCUGAGGAACAAGGAGGUCAAAGAUGCUCUGUGCAGAGCCAGGGGCAAAAGCCCCUCUCCUCUUAGUGAGGAGGUCGUUGAAGGCCUUUUCUUUCAUUUUGUAAAUAUGUACUAA